GUAGAGCAUAGUCUAGUGUCGCGAUUGCUGGUGGCCGCCAUCUUAGAGCAUAGGCUUCUGCGAUUGAAAAGUGAAUUUCGUGUUUAUUUGUAACGUAGCUUAGUGGGGCGAUCUCACAGCCGCCGGUCCGGGGAUUUACAGUGUGGACGUCGGCACGACGCGCUAUCUAGGAUCCGUGUCCUGGAGACCAGGCCGGGCUUCCGCCUGUCUGUGGCUGCCCCCAGGAGAGGCACCAACAUGAUCAUAGAGGAUUUCGAGGCGCUGAAACACUGGCUAUCAAAGACGUUGGAACCUAUUUGUGACGCUGACCCUUCAGCCCUUGCAAAGUAUGUUCUUGCAUUAGUAAAAAAGGAUAAAAAUGACCGAGAACUGAAGGCACUGUGCAUAGAUCAACUUGAUGUUUUUCUUCAGAGAGAAACCCAAGGCUUUGUGGAUAAAUUAUUUGAAGCUGUGAAUUCAAAGAGUUACCUCCCACCCCCUGAGCCAACAUCAACAGUUAUUGUAAAAGAAGAAACAUUGGAACACCAAGAAAAGGAUGCAAGGAAAGAAGAGGUAAUCAAAGAUGAAGAAAUAGAAAAAAAAGUUUCAAGAAGACUGAAUCAUAGUCCUCAGGCAUCAAGCACACGCCAUAGGGAUAAUAGGGAAAACAAUAGAAAAAGAAGUAACUCUGAUAGAGAGAGUGCUUCCCUUCAGAACUCUUUCAGAUCAGGAGGCCAGGAACUGAAACAAGAUGUUGAUACAACAUCAGCCCGUCUGAGUGGAAGCAAAGUACAGACUACAAAGAAUACUAGGAGCAGAGAUGACCGAAAGAAAGAUGACCGCUCUCGGAGACGGGAGUAUGAUCGGAACAUGCCUAGACGGGACUCCUACAGAGAUAGAUAUACCAGAAGAAGAGGGAGAAGUCGCAGUUAUAGCAGAAGUCGAAGUCGUAGUUGGAGUAAAGAGAGACAACGUGAUAGAGACAGAGAUAGAAGCCGCAGCAGAACAAGGAGCAGAGAUAAAGAUGCUGGGAAACCAAAAUAUGAUCUAGAUAGAUCAGAACCAUCUGACAAUAAUUACCCGACUGCAUCUUCAGUGCCUCACAUUGGAUCAGCUCAUUACCCUGUCCCAACCCUAAGUAGCACGAUAACCGUUAUUGCUCCAUCACAUCAUGGUAAUAACACAUCUGAAAACUGGCCAGAAUUUCAUGAAGAUCAAGUGGACCACAGCACUUACGGAAGACCUCCUAUACCUAAGAAACGCUGCCGGGAUUAUGACGAGAAGGGAUUUUGUAUGAGAGGUGAUAUGUGUCCGUUUGAUCACGGUAGUGAUCCUGUCGUUGUUGAAGAUGUAAAUAUACCUGGAAUACUGCCAUUCCCAGCACAGCCUCCUGUUGUAGAUGGACCACCCCCUCCAGGACUUCCUCCCCCACCUUCUAUGUUAACUCCACCGCCUGUGAAUUUGCGACCACCGGUUCCUCCACCAGGUCCUCUUCCACCCAGUCUUCCUCCAGUAACAGGGCCACCGCCUCCUCUUCCACCAUUACAGCCUGCUGGCAUGGAUGCACCCCCAAAUUCUGCCACCAGCUCUGUUCCUACUGUUGUGACUACUGGCAUUCACCAUCCUCCUCCCCCUGGUCCACCACCAGCUCUAUUCUCUUCAGUUGCCACUGGACCAAUUCCUUUGUUCCCAGAAACAUAUGAAGCUGAUGGUUAUAAUCCAGAAGCACCAAGUAUGACAAACACUUCCAGACCUGUAUAUCGCCAUCGUGUGCAUGCACAGAGGCCAAAUUUGAUUGGCCUUACUUCCGGAGAUAUGGAUUUACCACCAAGAGAAAAAUCUGUGAACAGUAAUAUAAGGAUUGUGGUGGAUUCUGAAUCACGGAAAAGAAAUCUCGCAGCUAGAGAAUCCGGAAUACCUCAGAAAAAGCCCUGGUUUGACAAAUCAAACUUUAAUAGGAUGAACAGUCCUGCUUUUCAGAAAAAAGUUCAAUUUACAAAUGAAAAUACUAAGCUGGAGUUGAGGAGAAUUCCUCCGGAGCUGAACAACAUUAGUAAACUAAAUGAGCAUUUCAGUAAAUUUGGGAUCUUGGUGAAUUUACAGGUUGCUUAUGAAGGAGAUCCAGAAGGUGCUCUGAUUCAGUUUGCAACGCAUACAGAUGCAAAGAAGGCAAUCUCAAGCACUGAAGCAGUUCUAAAUAAUCGCUUUAUUAAAAUGUAUUGGCACAGAGAAGGCCCCUCUCAACAGACUCAAGGCCCCACAUCUCCAAAGAUUGGUCAGCUGAAUGUUCAGCCUUCCAAUUUGCCGGUCAUUAAGCAGUCUGUCAAAGAGCGCCUAGGACCAGUCCCUUCCAGUAAUGCUGAGCCAGAAGAGGCCCAAAACGCAAACACAAAAACAUUACAGACUGUAACAAAAGUACCAAUAAAGGAGAGACUGGGUUUUAUCAUGAAACACACUUCUACAGCUACUGAAAAGGUUAUGUCCACUUCUACUGGUCUUACAAAAACAGUUUACAACCCAGAAGCUUUAAAAGCCAUUCAAAAAUCUGUCGCUUAUUCUUCUACUAUGGAUAACAGUGAAGCACAUAAAAGGAAACAGGAAGCUCUAAAACUUCAGCAAGAUGUGAGGAAGAAAAAGCAGGAAAUAUUGGAAAAGCACAUAGAAACACAGAAGAUGCUUAUAUCAAGGCUUGAGAAAAACAAGAGCAUGAAGUUAGAUGACAAAGCAGAAAUCUUGAAAACUCUGGAAACUUUGACUAACAGUAUUACUAAAUUAAGAGAUGAGCUGAAGGCAAUCUCGUCUGCAGGCAAUGCUUUGAAGGGUAACAAAAGCAAGAUUCAGGAUUUGACAUUGAUGGACAUUGAGGAUCAGCAACAGUGUUCCACUGAAGAAUUUGUUAACAAAAUAAAAGUACUAAGAAACCCCUUUUCAAGAGAGGAUACACAAUGGGAAAGUUUAGAAGACUGUAAAACCACUUUUGAACCUCUGGAUGAACCCCUGCGAUUUGUGUUACAACAGGAAAAUGUGGACUCUUCUGACUCUGAUGAUGGCAAUUUAAUCAUUUCCUGUGAUAGGAAUUCACUUUUGUUUUCUGAAGAUGAUGAUGAAAGUUUGGGGGCAGACUUAGUAACACACCAUCCAGAAUUUGAAAACCCUUCUCUUAAUGAGAAUCAGGCAGCUGAAGCCUACCAGAUAAUGGAUGUUUCCUUCAAAACAGAAGAACAAAGAUUUGAAGCCUUUACAUUUGUGAAGGAUACUUCUGACAUUGGUGAAAAGAGAGACGAAUACACUGUAUUUGGAGAGCAUGUGGCAAACAAAUUGCGCAAGGGAAAAAGCAACCAUGAAGUCUGGGUAGCCCAGCACCACAUUAACAUGGUUUUAUUUAACUUUGAAAUGGGCGUGUUUGCCCAAAAUAAUGUUCCUCGCGUUAGAGAUGUUUUCCCACAAGUACCGUUUCAGAACCCAAUGCCACAAUAUCUUACUCGUCCCACACACACAGUGGCUUACCCACACAUUGAACCUGUUUUGGUUGCUCCUUAAUCUGGUUUGUGCACUGUUUACAUUUAUUUGUAUGGGAAAAUAUUUUUGUACCAAAGAACAGUACAUUAUAUUUAUAAAGAAUAUUAUAAAAAAAAAUAUAAUUGAAAGUUGUCUGCUGUUAUGUUGUGGUAUUGCAAGUUCAUUAUAUGUAUAUACCCACAUAAUAGCUACUUUAUGUUCUACUUUUUGUUAUCCUGAAGCUGCUUUAAUUACUUAAGGGAUAUCCAGCUUUCAUGUGAUUCCUCAGCUUUAGCAGACAACUUCAACAAAUAAUGUUGUAUUAAAUGUUUUACAUAGUAUUGAACACAGGUAUUGAACCCUUUUGUAACUACUUGGGCAGUAUUUUUCUGCUCUAUACAUGUUUCCAAUGUUCUUGCCAUCUGGAAAUGUAUUUUCUAUUUUAUUUUUUAUAUCUUUUUAUAUAAAGUUUUGAAAGCUCUGUAAUUUUAUUUGAGUUUUCAACUUAUUUGCACAAUGCUUUUAUAUGCAAAAAGGUAAUUGCUACAUUUUUUUUUUUUUUUUUUUUUCAUUUUCAUUUCUAGAAGAUUUACUUGUUUAUAUAAUUUGUCAGAAUGGUAUUAUCACACAAUUCUGGUACGAAUUUCAGGCACCUGCUUUAAGUUAAUUGUUCACUCUGUUAGUAAAUAAACAGGAAUCCAAAAUAUGAAA